CAAGUGUGACCUGAGUAUAGUGACCAGUGUGUUACAUGUGUGACCUCUGUAUAGAGAUCAGUGUGCAUUGUAUCAGGUGUGUGAUAUCAGUGUGUGACCUGUGUAUAGGGAUCAGUGUGUAUCAGGGGUGUGAUAUCAGUGUGUGACCUGUGUAUAGGGAUCAUUGUGUAUCAGGGGUGUGAUAUCGGUGUGUGACCUGUGUAUAGGGAUCAGUGUGUAUCGGGUGUGAUAUCAGUGUGUGACCUGUGUAUAGGGAUCAGUGUGUAUCAGCUGUGUGAUAUCAGUGUGUGACCUGUGUAUAGGGAUCAGUGUGUAUCAGGGGUGUGAUAUCAGUGUGUGACCUGUGUAUAGGGAUCAGUGUGUAUCAGGGGUGUGAUAUCAGCGUGUGACCUGUGUACAUAUGUAUCAGGGGUGUGAUAUCAGUGUGUGACCUGUGUAUAGGGAUCAGUGUGUAUCAGGGGUGUGAUAUCAGUGUAUGACCUAUGUAUAGGGAUCAGUGUGUAUCGGGUGUGUGAUAUCAGUGUGUGACCUGUGUAUAGGGAUCAGUGUGAUAUCAGUGUGUGACCUGUGUAUAUGUAUCAGGGGUGUGAUAUCAGUGUGUGACCAGUGUAUAGGGAUCAGUGUGUAUCAGGGGUGUGAUAUCAGUGUGUGACCAGUGUAUAGGGAUCAGUGUGUAUCAGGGGUGUGAUAUCAGUGUGUGACCUGUGUAUAGGGAUCAGUGUGUAUCAGGGGUGUGAUAUCAGUGUGUGACCUGUGUAUAGGGAUCAGUGUGUAUCAGGGGUGUGAUAUCAGUGUAUGACCUGUGUAUAGGGAUCAGUGUGUAUCGGGUGUGUGACAUCAGUGUGUGACCUGUGUAUAGGGAUCAGUGUGUAUCAGGGGUGUGAGAUCAGUGUGUGACCUGUGUAUAGGGAUCAGUGUGUAUCAGGGGUGUGAGAUCAGUGUGUGACCUGUGUAUAGGGAUCAGUGUGUAUCAGGGGUGUGAUAUCGGUGUGUGACCUGCGUAUAGAGAUCAGUGUGUAUCAGAGGUGUGAUAUCAGUGUAUGACCUGUGUAUAGGGAUCAGUGUGUAUCGGGUGUGUGAUAUCAGUGUGUGACAUGUGUAUAGGGAUCAGUGUGUAUCAGGGGUGUGAUAUCAGUGUGUGACCUGUGUAUAGGGAUCAGUGUGUAUCAGGGGUGUGAUAUCGGUGUGUGACCUGCGUAUAGAGAUCAGUGUGUAUCAGGGGUGUGAUAUCAGCGUGUGACCUGUGUACAUAUGUAUCAGGGGUGUGAUAUCAGUGUGGUGACCUGUGUAUAGGGAUCAGUGUGUAUCAGCUGUGUGAUAUCAGUGUGUGACCUGUGUAUAGGGAUCAGUGUAUAUCAGGGGUGUGAUAUCAGUGUGUGACCUGUGUAUAGGGAUCAGUGUGAUAUCAGUGUGUGACCUGUGUAUAGGGAUCAGUGUGUAUCAGGGGUGUGAUAUCGGUGUGUGACCUGCGUAUAGAGAUCAGUGUGUAUCAGAGGUGUGAUAUCAGUGUGUGACCUGUGUAUAGGGAUCAGUGUGUAUCAGGGGUGUGAUAUCAGCGUGUGACCUGUGUACAUAUGUAUCAGGGGUGUGAUAUCAGUGUGUGACCUGUGUAUAGGGAUCAGUGUGUAUCAGGGGUGUGAUAUCAGUGUGUGACCUGUGUAUAGGGACCAGUGUGUAUCAGGGGUGUGAUAUCAGUGUGUGACAUGUGUAUAGGGAUCAGUGUGUAUCAGGGGUGUGACCUGUGUAUAGGGAUCAGUGUGUAUCAGGGGUGUGAUAUCAGUGUGUGACCUGUGUAUAGGGAUCAGUGUGUAUCAGCUGUGUGAUAUCAGUGUGUGACCUGUGUAUAGGGAUCAGUGUGUAUCAGGGGUGUGAUAUCAGUGUGUGACCUGUGUAUAGGGAUCAGUGUGUAUCAGCUGUGUGAUAUCAGUGUGUGACCUGUGUAUAGGGAUCAGUGUGUAUCAGGGGUGUGAGAUCAGUGUGUGACCUGUGUAUAGGGAUCAGUGUGUAUCAGGGGUGUGAGAUCAGUGUGUGACCUGUGUAUAGGGACCAGUGUGUAUCAGGGGUGUGAUAUCAGUGUGUGACAUGUGUAUAGGGAUCAGUGUGUAUCAGGGGUGUGACCUGUGUAUAGGGAUCAGUGUGUAUCAGGGGUGUGAUAUCAGUGUGUGACCUGUGUAUAGGGAUCAGUGUGUAUCAGCUGUGUGAUAUCAGUGUGUGACCUGUGUAUAGGGAUCAGUGUGUAUCAGGGGUGUGAUAUCAGUGUGUGACCUGUGUAUAGGGAUCAGUGUGUAUCAGCUGUGUGAUAUCAGUGUGUGACCUGUGUAUAGGGAUCAGUGUGUAUCAGGGGUGUGAGAUCAGUGUGUGACCUGUGUAUAGGGAUCAGUGUGUAUCAGGGGUGUGAUAUCAGUGUGUGACCUGUGUAUAGGGAUCAGUGUGUAUCGGGUGUGUGAUAUCAGUGUGUGACCUGUGUAUAGGGAUCAGUGUGUAUCAGCUGUGUGAUAUCAGUGUGUGACCAGUGUAUAGGGAUCAGUGUAUAUCAGGGGUGUGAUAUCAGUGUGUGACCUGUGUAUAGGGAUCAGUGUGUAUCAGGGGUGUGAUAUCAGUGUGUGACCUGUGUAUAGGGAUCAGUGUGUAUCAGGGGUGUGAUAUCAGUGUAUGACCUGUGUAUAGGGAUCAGUGUGUAUCGGGUGUGUGAUAUCAGUGUGUGACCUGUGUAUAGGGAUCAGUGUGUAUCAGGGGUGUGAGAUCAGUGUGUGACCUGUGUAUAGGGAUCAGUGUGUAUCAGGGGUGUGAGAUCAGUGUGUGACCUGUGUAUAGGGAUCAGUGUGUAUCGGGUGUGUGAUAUCAGUGUGUGACCUGUGUAUAGGGAUCAGUGUGUAUUGGGUGUGUGAUAUCAGUGUGUGACCUGUGUAUAGGGAUCAGUGUGUAUCAGCUGUGAUAUCAGUGUGUGACCUGUGUAUAGGGAUCAGUGUAUAUCAGGGGUGUGAUAUCAGUGUGUGACCUGUGUAUAGGGAUCAGUGUGUGUAUCAGGGGUGUGAUAUCAAUGUGUGACCUAUGGCACUAUACAGGAGAUAUUACAGUACUAUAGUGGGAGCAUAAAAAGAAAAAUACAGUAUUCCAAAAUACAGAACAAUCCAGUAUCCAGUAAUGCUUCUGGUCCCAAGCAUUUUGGAUAAGGAACACACACAUAUAGUAUACUCACGUAUAGACUUCGCACAGCAGGCAAUGGCAAAGAAAAAACAGUAAUUUUAUAUCACCUUGACAAAGGGGCGCCACGGCCCCGAAACGUUGUAGGAGCCUGCUAGGAUCAUGCUGAUUAUGUUACGGUGUGUGGACCAGGGAUCUUCAGUUGGUCUUUUUGACUGCGUUACCUGUUCCCACCAAUCUCCAUGCUAUCACGGGUGAUCCACCACAGCAAGAAGUCCCAUGUUUUCCACUCUGUUGGUUGACACGCCAUGCUUAGUUUGAGCUGUGAGGAACCAGGGAGUCUUUACUAGAAGUCACGUGAUGGUGACACCCGUCCUAUAUAUAUAUCAUGGAUUCACUGAGGAUGGACGAGGGUAGGAGUCACAUGACUGAGAAGAUAUUAAAUAUCACCCUGAAGAUCAUCUACCUACUGACUGGGGAGGAUUACACAGUAGUGAAGAAGGCAUCUGGAAAACGUGUCACACGCAGCAGCCAUCACCGUGUGUCAGGAGAACUGAGCAGGACCCAGUGCCCCAUCCUGAUGCCUCCACCUCACUCACUGAUACAUGAGAGACGCAAUGACCAGAAGAUCCUUGAACUCGCCAACAAGAUCAUUCAGCUGCUGACUGGAGAGGUUCCUAUAAGGUGUGAGGAUGUCACUGUCUAUUUCUCCAUGGAGGAGUGGGAGUAUAUGGAGGAACACAGGGGUCUGUACAAGGACGUGAUGAUGGAGAAUCACCGACCCCUCACAUCACUGGAUGGGGCCAGUAACAGGAAUACCCCAGAGAGAUGUCCCCGUCCUCUUUAUUCCCAGGAUCAUACAGAGGAGAAUCACAGUGUCCCACAGGAGAGACAGGAUGAAAAUGUUAGUGAUAAAGUAAAAGAUAAAAAAGAGGCAGAGGAGACGUAUGUGAGGGGUGAUAAGCUGUGUAAGGAGGCGGAAAUCCGUACAGGUAUCGGCACAGCAGAUGGGCACAAUAGCGGGAAUCUCUCGGAGGAACAUCUCAUUUUAUCUCCAGCGUGUGAAAUAGACAUCACUCGAGAAUCUCCAGAAAAAAAACCCAUUACCCCAAAUAUACAGCCAGUGCCUCAAAGUGCAGAUCUAUCAUCUGAUCCCACUAUGCAUGAGGAGUGUUCCCCUUAUAUCUCAGACAAUGUACCACAUAGUGGAGCUCAUAGAGGUUCUAUAGGAAAGAAAUGCCUUGCACAGAAUACAAAGUAUAUUACACACCAGCCAGAUCACCAAGGUGAGAAGCCCUUUUCAUGUUCUGAAUGUGGGAAAUGUUUUGCACAUAGAUCACGUCUGGACAGACAUCAGAGAAUUCAUACAGGUGAGAAGCCCUUUUCAUGUUCUGUGUGUGGGAAAGGUUUUGCACAGAAAGCCUCGCUGGAUACACAUCAAAGGAGUCACACUGGUGAGAAGCCCUUUCCAUGUUCUGAAUGUGGGAAACGUUUUACAGAUAAAUCAGGUCUGGUUUUACAUCAGAGAAGUCACACUGGUGAGAAGCCCUUUUCAUGUUCUGAGUGUGGGAAGAGUUUUGCACAUAAAUACAGUCUGGUUAUACAUCAGAGAGGUCACACGGGUGAGAGGCCAUUUCCAUGUUCUGUGUGUGGGAAAGGUUUUACACAGAAAUCCUCGCUGGAUACACAUCAAAGGAGUCACACGGGUGAGAAGCCCUUUCCAUGUUCUGAGUGUGGGAAACGUUUUGUAGAUAGAUCAGGUCUGGUUACACAUCAGAGAUGUCACACGGGUGAGAAGCCCUUUUCAUGUUCUGCGUGUGGGAAACGUUUUGCAGAUAAAUCAGGUCUGGUUACACAUGAGAAAAGUCACACAGGUGAGAAGUCCUUUGCAUGUUCUGUAUGUGGGAAAUGUUUUGUACGGAAAUCAGCACUGGUUGUACAUCAGAGGUGUCACACGGGUGAGAAGCCCUAUUCAUGUUCUGAGUGUGGGAAACGUUUUGCGGAUAAAUCAGGUCAGAUUAUACAUCAGAGAAGUCACACAGGUGAGAAGUCCUUUUCAUGUUCUGUAUGUGGGAAAUGUUUUGUACGUAAAUCAGUUCUGGUUGUACAUCAGAGGUGUCACACGGGUGAGAAGCCCUUUUCAUGUUCUGUAUGUGGGAAAUGUUUUGUACGUAAAUCAGUUCUGGUUGUACAUCAGAGGUGUCACAUGGGUGAGAAGCCCUUUUCAUGUUCUGGAAAGACUUGAAAAAGUCCCAGUGCAUUGUGGGAUGAAACGCGUUGACCGACCAUACCACGGUAUUCCCAAGUCAGAUCUUCGCUGCAGCGGUACUACCAGCCACAGCGCGGCUAAGACAUGCAGAGACCACUGCCGUUUGGGGAAUACCUUCAUACCCGGACAUCAGCUCCCGCAGUGGUGAGUGCAUCACCAUCGGGAAAGACAACUGAGCGGGCAACCCACAGCUGGACUAAUCGUAGGCACAAGAAGGGGUAACUACAUUACUAUAAAACAACACUUGAAAGGUGUAUAAAGCAGGGGGUGCUGGAACUGCAGCAUAUACACCACCCACCCCGCUCCAGGUGCCGUUUAUACAAAUCUCUCUAAUGUCUGGCUACAGAUUACAUGAAAACGUUGUUAUGUUCACUACAGAUGAAACAGAACUGCAAUUGUCUUUUACUUUGAAGGAAUCUAAAGAGUCUCUUGGGAGCUUGUGGAAAAAUCUACUAUAUUGUUACAGAGUAUCAGCUCACUAGUAACAUAAAGAUACAAUACAGUCUGUACGUACACUGUGAAAGGAAGGAUUUGUGAAUAUCCUUUUUAAUACAUUUUUCAAUUUAUUGAUGUUGAUGUGGUUUCUAUGUAGAGAUGUGAUGUGUUAUUAAAAAUUGUUAUUAAGUGCG